UAUUUUUAUUUUUUAAUGUUUCUUGAAUGUGAUGUUUGAGCUUUUGAACAAUAAUAUCUACUGUUCAUGAAUGUGACAUUUGGUUUCUCCACUGUAACUGUGAAGUGUUUGGGGAAAAAAAUUGUUUAUUACUAUAUUAUUUUUGUCACUAUUUUGAGGAAAAACAGUUGUGUACUAGUACUUCACUGUUUUUCAUUCUUGUCUAUUUUUAGCUCUUUUCUUGAACUUUUGAGGUUUUUGAUAGAUUCCCAUUUCUCAUUUUUGCUUUCUUGUUGAAAAAGAUCUAAUCUUUUUUACUUUGGGAAAUUUUUCAUGUUUUUUUUUUUUUUUUUAAUGUUCUUGGGUCCAGGAAUAUCUUAGUUGCAUUUUGUGGGAUUUAAAGUUGGGUAUUUUAAAUUUGCAUUGUUUAAAGUUUUUGAGAUACUUGCUGGAUCAGAAGAACUUGCUGGAUCUUUAAGUCAUUUUGCAAAACUGGAAGAGGCCAGCUGAGAUUGCUAUUGUCUGGAUUUGGGGAAAUGAUGGUUUGUAGCUGAUGCUAAACUGGAGAUGCAACAAUGUCGAGGAUCACAAAGUGGAAGCUUGAGAAGAAUAAAGUGAAAGUGGUCUUUCGACUUCAAUUUAAUGCUACUCAUAUACCACAAUCUGGAUGGGACAAGUUAUUCAUAUCUUUUAGCCCUGCUGACUCUGGAAAAACAAUUGCAAAGACAACCAAAGCCAAUGUAAGAAAUGGAACAUGCAAAUGGGCUGAUCCAAUUUAUGAAACAACAAGGCUUCUUCAAGAUGUCAAAACCAAACAAUUUGAUGAGAAGCUGUACAAACUUGUGGUUGCCAUGGGUUCUUCACGGUCUGGUAUCCUGGGUGAGGCAACAAUUAAUCUUGCUGAGUAUGCUGAAGCAGCAAAACCUUCUUCUGUUCCUUUACCUCUUCAAGGAUGCAAUGCGGGAACAGUAUUACAUGUCACAGUUCAGUUGCUAACAUCUAAAACGGGAUUCAGAGAAUUUGAGCAGCAAAGGGAACUUAGGGAAAGAGGUUUGCCGUCAGGAUAUGAGAACAAGCAUGAUGACUCUGUUACUGGGAAAGUCCUAUUUUCAGGAGAGACUGCCCAUGAUCACAUUGAUAAGGUUAGUUCUAGGGUCAGAUUCAGACCAGAGGCUAAAGAACUCUCUUCUGUUGAGGAGGAAGUGGAACUAAACGAGGAAAAUACUGACUUGACGGCUGGAUUUGAUGGCUCUUCCAACACUUCAGAGAGUCUAUACGCCGAAAAGCAUGAUUCAUCUAGUGCACAUGAAACUGAUAGUCAAGGCCUGCCGUCGGAGAAAGGUAAUAAAUCUGACAGUCAAGCAAUGGCCCAGAAUAGUAGUUCAGUUCAUGGAUGGGCAUCAGAUUGCUCAGUGGAUAAUGAAUUGGCAAUUGCUUAUGAGGAGAAUAAUAGACUUAGAGCAAGCCUAGAAUUGGCAGAAUCAUCAAUUUUUGAGCUUAAGCUGGAGGUAAGCAGUCUGCAAAGUCAAGCUAAUGAAUUGGGUUCUGAAACAGAAAAGUUUUCUCAGCUACUCACUGCUGAGAUAUCCUCUAGUGAGGAGUUGGUGAAAGAGGUUUCUGUCCUUAAAUCAGAAUGUUCAAAUUUCAAAGAUUGUAUUGAAAGACUAAGAACUUUGAAAUCUAGCUGUCAAAAUCAUGGUGAAAGUUGUGGUGCUGAUUCUGGCCGCUUAGUUCUAGAUCUACAGCUAAGAUGGAUGAAAGGAAUUUCAGUGGUUGAAGAUAGAAUCAAAGAACUUCAAAAUAAAGUUUGUCUUGGAUUCUAUGAAAGAGAUUACAGGUUUCUUCAUUCGGAAUUGGAGGCAUUGCUUCAAAUUGUACAGGAGGUCAAACUAGGAGCAAGAGAUGAAAUGUCAUUGCUAAAUAAAGUAACAUCAGUGGAUGUAAAGGAGACUAGAUCGACAACUUUACCCAAUGUCGAACAGCCUUUGCCAGGGCUUGGGUUGGAAUUGGACCUUUAUUCACCAGAAAAUUUGCUUCAUCAUAUUGGCAUACCCCCGCUGGUGUCUCAAGGAACUGAUUCCAGUGUUGCUAUUGAUGCAAUGAAAGCCAAAAUUUUUGAUCUGGUAAGAGAAGUGGAUGAGGCGAAGGUCGAAAGAGAAAAUCUGUUGAGAAAAAUGGAUCAGAUGGAGUGUUACUAUGAAGCUCUUGUUCAAGAACUCGAGGAAAAUCAGAAGCAAAUGCUGGCAGAGUUGCAGAGUCUAAGGAAUGAACAUUCAAAUUGCCUUUAUACCAUUUCAAAUAGCAAAGCUGAAAUGGAACUAAUGCGACAAGAUAUGAGUCAGCGUCUGUUACAGCUUGCUGAUGAGAGACGUGAUUUGGAUACACUAAAUAAGGAGCUCGAGAGAAGAGCUGCUACUUCAGAAGCAGCUCUGAAAAGAGCCCGCUUGAAUUAUUCUAUUGCAGUAGAUAAGCUGCAAAAGGAUUUGGAGCUUCUUUCAUCACAGGUCGUGUCCAUGUUUGAGACUAAUGAAAACCUCAUCAAGCAAGCAAUUCCAGAACUUUCACAAUCACAAUUCGUUGGGUUUGCAGAUGUUGUUCAGAAUUUAGAAUAUGAUAAUACAGAGCAGUUGCAGUUUCAGGAUCAACAUGUGAUUGCAAAGAAACAAACAGUCAGUGGAGAUGUCCUCACUGAUGACUUGAAAAGAUCACUCUGCUUGCAGGAGGAGCUUUACAGGAAGGUUGAAGAAGAACUUGGUGAUAUGUAUUCAGUUAACUUGCACUUGGAUAUAUUCUCCAGGGUUUUACUUGAAACUGUGUUUGAAGCUAAUGCGAAUGCUGCAAUGAUGAAGAGAACUAGGGAUGAAAUGGCUCAGCAGUUGGAGGCUUUAAAUCUCAACAAGGAGCAGAUGGUGGUGAGAUUGCAGGUUGCUUUGGAAGACGUUCACAUUUUGCACGAGGAGAAAGCAAGUUGCAUCCUCAGAUGCAAUGAUCUUGUUCUGCAGAAUCAAUCUUUGGAAGCUGAAUUCGUGAGUCUUUCGAAGGCAAAUUGUCUCCUCACUGAGAAGGUCAUGGAAUUGGAAGCAAUCAUGGUGCAGCAUACAGAAACACAGAAUAGAUAUGAAGCUUGUGUGGAAGAAAAUAUAGCACUCUCCACUUCAUUGAAGCAGGAAUUGUUGAACAACAGUAGCCUUCAAGAUGAGAUUUCAUUUCUAAAGGAUAAUUUGGUAACUGUCAGAUCCAACUCAGAGAACUUGGCUUCUGCAAAUGAAAAUCUUAAUGCAGAUAUUAGCUUUGUGCAGUGUAAGUUGUCCGAUAUGUUGCUAUCUUAUGAGAAGGAACUAUCUCUUCUAUGCAAUUCCUCUUUCCAUGAGUUGGAGCUCAGGGAUAUAAGAGGUCUCACCAUGCAGCUGGAAGAGGUGCAGUAUAGUGUGUGCAGCAAGAUUCCUCAUCUUAUGCAGGAGAAGCAAAAUCUAGAAAGUGAAAAAUCAGUUGCUGAGGUGUCCUUGAAUGCUAGUAGAUCAGAAAUAAUUUCCAUGAAGCAAAAGUAUAAAAAUGAUAUACAGAGUAUGGUAGCUAAAUUUGAUGUGUCAACUGCACUCGUGGAGAAACUUCAGGUUGAACUUGAAUCUGUGACCAAUAAACUUCAUCUCAACUCUGAAGUUGAAGAAAAAUAUGCACAACAGAACAGAGAGCUUCUGGAUGAUCUUGCUUCCUUUGAAGUCCAGCUACAAAAUCUAGUCUCGAAGAACGGGCAUAUUUCUCAAGAGAUCUUGGGCUUGAACUCUAUAGCCAAUGAGUUUGAGCAGAAUGAAUUAAUCAUUUCUGAACUAAUACAAGAGAAGGAGGAUCUCGCGACCUCUUUACACAACAAAGCUGAGGAAUUUGCCAAGCUUGCAUCAGAAGUUAAUCAUCUGAGAGUCAAUUUGAGAACUCUGCAAGAUGAUUUGCAACGUGAGAGAGGUCUUAAGGAUAAACUUGAGGGUUCAGUCAAAAAUCUUACUUUGCAGUUGAAUGAGAAGGAUGACAGGUUACUGGAUUUGGAAAAGCAAAUUGGUGAACUGGUGCAUUUCAGGCAGUUGGCGUCUGAGUUAGAGAUUGAGAAAUCUAAACUUAGCCAUCUUUUGCAGCAGCAUGAUGAGCGUGCAGCGAAGCUUCAGGAGGAGUUAUCCUGUGUGCCUGGUCUAGAGGGCUCUGUAAGAGAUCUUGCUUCACAAUUGAACGACAAGCAUGGCAGGUUACUGGAUUUGGAAAAGCAAAAUGCUGAAAUGGUGCAUUUCAGGCAACUGGCAUCAGACUUAGAAUUGGAAAAAUCUAAGCUUGAUCAGCUUUUGCAGCAGCGUGAUGACCAUGUUAUAAAGCUUCAGGAAGAGGUGUCCCGUCUUUCUGGUUUGGAGGACUCAGUGCAAGGACUUGCUUCUCAACUGAGCGAAAAGAAUGACAGGUUACUGGUUUUGGAAAAGAAAAAUUCUGAGCUGGUGCAUUUCAGGCAACUGGCAUCAGAUUUAGAAGUGGAAAAAUCUAAACUUUAUCAGCUUUUGCAGCAGCGUGAUGAACAUCUAAUAAAUCUUCAGGAACAGAUGUCCCGUCUUUCUGGUUUAGAAGACUCGGUGCAAGGACUUACUUCUCAACUGAACGAGAAAAAUGGCAGGUUACUAGAUUUGGAAAAGCAAAAUGCUGAGCUGGUGCAUUUCAAGCAACUGGCAUCAGAGUUAAGAGUGGAGAAAUCAAGAGCUGAUCAGCUCUUGCAGCAGCGCGAUGAGCAUGUGGCAAAGCUUCAGGAAGAUUUGUCCUGUGUUUAUGGUUUAGAGUGCACAGUUAGAGAUCUUACUUCCCAAUUGAAUGAGAAGCAUGACAGGUUACUGGACUUGGAAAAACAAAAUGCUGAACUGGUGAAUUUGAAGCAGCUGGCAGCAGAUUUUGAAGUGGAGAAAUGUAGACUUGACCAACUUGUGCAGCAGCGUGAUGAGCAUGUGGCUAAGCUUCAGGAAGAUUUGUCCUGUGUUUCUGGUUUACAGUGCUCUGUUAGAGAUCUUACUUCUCAAUUGAAUGAGAAGCAUGACAGGUUACUGGACUUGGAAAAGCAAAAUGCUGAACUUAAGAAUUUCAGGCAGCUGGCAGCAGACUUUGAAGUGGAGAAAUGUAGACUUGAUCAACUUGUGCAGCAGCGUGAUGAGCAUGUGGCUAAGCUUCAGGAAGAUUUGUCCUGUGUUUCUGGUUUAGAAAGCUCAGUGCGAGAUCUUACUUCUCAAUUGAACGAGGAGAAUGAGAAGUUAUUGGAUUUGGAAAACCAAAAUGCUGAUCUGGUGCAUUUCAGGAAGCUGGCAUCAGAGUUAGGAGUGGAGAAAUUUAGACUUAACCAUCUUUUGCAGCAGCGAAGUAAGCAAAUGGAGAAACUUCAGCAAGAGGUUUCCUAUAUUCCUGAUCUUGAAAGGCACAUGCUAGAAGUACAAGAGUAUGCCAUAGCUUCUGAUGUUAAGUUCACAGUUGCCAUGACUCACUGUGAAACUCUGGAUCUAAAAUUUGUGCGGCAGCUUAAAUCAUCUGAUGGGUCCAUUGCCGAGCUUCAGAAGAGAUGUCAUGAUUUACAGGCCAAGUUGAAUCAAUGCCUUGCAAGUGAGGCUUGUUCGAUUAAAGAAAACAAGGAGUUGCUAAGUUCUCUUUGUUCGGUUAGAUCUGAUUUAGAAGCUUCGACUGCUCAAAAUAAUGUUCUUUCAGAUGCAAAGAAGGAGAUGAUGUUGGAGAAUUCUCUCCUUAAAACUAAUAAUUAUCAUUUUCUUGAAGUAGAGAAGUUGAAGAACGUGCUGGCAAAUGCCGAAGAAGAACUUAAUUGCUUGUCACUCUCCAAGGAGGAACUGGAGAUCAUGGUGAUUGUGCUCCGAGGUAAAUUAGGUGAACUGCACUCCUACACGGUCUUAAAGGAGAACAAAGAUGAAAUGGUCAGCUUGCAGUUACAAUGUAAUGAGCUCAUCCACAAGUGUAAUGAGCUUAGUCACAAGCUCUCUGAGCAAGCCUUGAAAACAGAAGAGUUCAAAAACUUAUCCAUCCAUUUGAAGGAGCUUAAGGAUAAGGCUGAUGCAGAAUGUCUCCGGGUUCGCGAGAAAAGAGAAUCUGAAGGACCACCUGUUGCUAUGCAAGAAUCCUUGCGAAUAGUCUUUAUAAAAGAGCAAUAUGAAUCAAAGUUCCAAGAGUUGAAGCAACAAGUUACUAUCUCCAAAAAGCACGGAGAAGAUAUGCUUUUGAAGUUACAAGACGCAUUAGAUGAGAUCGAAGGCAGGAAGAGAUCUGAAGCUUUGCACUUGAAGAAAAAUGAAGACCUAGCUCUCAAAAUCUUGUCUUUGGAAUCUGAAUUACAGUCUCUGCUUUCUGAUAAGCGUGAAAUAAUGAAAGAUCGUGACAGAUUAAAGGCAGAAUUGGAGUGUGCUGUUCUAAGUUUAGAGUGUUGCAAGGAAGAAAAGGAAAAACUCGAAAUAACUUUGCGAGAACGAGUGAGAGAAUACUCCAGAAUUGCAGAUGAACUUACUUUGACUAGAGAGCAGCUGAUGAGCGUAACAUCUUCUAUUGUAUCUAAGAGAGAAAAUGGCCAGAUGGGCAAAGUUGAACUUGUGCCUAAUGAGACAAAUGUACAUCCUUCUCCUUAUGCCACACCCCGAGAGGAUUCAUCUGAUGCCUGGAAUGUGAAGGAAACAACAUUAUUUAUGGAUGAUAGAAGUGAAGAAUCAAGCUCACCAGUGAAACUUCUACUCACCCCGGAUGCUGCGUCAGCAGGAGCGCGUGCAACAACUGGAGAUUCACCUCUUGAAGGUUACUCACCACCGAGCAAUGGAAGGCAUAUAGAUUUCAGCACUGAACAGUUUGGAAGAAGGAAUUUGAGGUCUAGCAUGGAACAUCUACAUGAAGAGUUGGAAAGGAUGAAACGUGAAAACUCUCUCAUUCCCGAGGACCAUUAUUCUAAUCCAGGCAUUGAAAUUCUUCAGAAUGAACUUGUGCAACUACACAAGGCAAAUGAAGAGCUCCGAAGCAUGUUCCCAACAUUCAAGGAUAUAGCUAGCACUGGUAAUGCAUUGGAGAGGGUACUUGCCCUUGAAAUUGAGCUUGCUGAAGCGUUAAAGGCAAAAAAUAAACCGAGUAUGUUCCAGAGUUCGUUUCUGAAACAACAUAGUGAUGAUGAAGCAAUCUUCAAAAGCUUCCGAGACAUCAAUGAGUUGAUUAAGGAAAUGUUGGAAAUCAAAGAAAAGCAUGUAGUUAUGGAGAAUGAACUGAGGGAAAUGCACGAUCGUUACUCUCAACUUAGCCUCCAGUUUGCUGAGGUUGAAGGCGAGAGACAAAAACUGAAGAUGACACUCAAGAAUGUUCGAGCAUCUAGGACAAAGCUCAUGUAACUAAAUCGCUCCUCAUCCUCCAUCGUAGACAGUCCUUCUUCAUAGGCGCUGUUUCAAUCCAUUGCUUGAUUUGCUCGUUUCAAGAAGAGUGCCAGCGUUCAAGACUUCCACACCUUGUCUUGCAUGUCAACUCUAGAAGUUGGUUCACUUGUAUGGACAAAGCAUGCCAAGAUUUGUUCCAAAUAUGGAGGAGCCAGAGCCAGCCCUGCAAGCUGCCUUAAUUCUUGUAAAUGUAAAUCUGUGGCUGACAGAUUUUGUAACCCAUUUUAAAUUAAUGCGUAGAUCUAGAUGUCCCAUACAUUAUAGCCUCAUUUUUCCAUUUUAUACCUGUAUUUGGCUGUAAUAUUAUGUAUAGAAAUUAGAUUAUCCUGUAAUUAACUCCGUUUCUCCUACUUUAAGCCGCUUAAGAGGCAUAAAAAUUUGUUCAGUUUUCAA